AUGGCUCUGACAAACCCAGCAACCCUGUCUUCCAUAUCACUCUGCAAUACUCACUAUCUCUCCCCUCCUACCCCCCAAUCUCACCAACCCAUUUUCUCUCCAUUCCUCACCAAGAGAAAGACCCUCCACCCAAUCUGCGCCGCCGCCGCCGACUCCGGCAAGGCCCCCGUCGUCGCCGAAAAGCCUCCCAAGGCCUCGACUGAGGUGAAGCCAGUUUCCGGCAAAUGGAGCUUGGAGAGCUGGAAAACCAAGAAGGCCUUGCAGCUCCCGGAGUACCCAGAUCAGAAUGCGCUCGAGACUGUGCUCCAGACCAUCGAGUCUUUUCCUCCGAUUGUGUUUGCUGGAGAGGCCAGGCACUUGGAGGAGAAGCUGGCUGAGGCUGCCUUGGGCAAUGCUUUUCUUUUGCAAGGUGGGGAUUGUGCUGAGAGUUUCAAGGAGUUCAGUGCCAAUAACAUCAGGGACACCUUCAGAGUUAUGCUUCAGAUGGGUGUUGUUCUCAUGUUUGGAGGCCAAAUGCCUGUUAUCAAGGUGGGAAGAAUGGCGGGUCAAUUUGCAAAGCCGAGAUCGGAGGCAUAUGAGGUGAAGGAUGGAGUGAAGUUGCCAAGUUACAAAGGGGACAAUAUAAAUGGUGAUGCUUUUGAUGAGAAAUCUAGAAAUCCAGAUCCUCAGAGGUUGAUAAGGGCUUAUUGCCAAUCUGCGGCUACUUUGAAUCUUCUUAGGUCCUUUGCCACCGGGGGGUAUGCGGCUAUGCAGAGGGUUACACAAUGGAAUCUUGAUUUUGCUCAGAACAGCGAGCAGGGAGAUAGGUACCAGGAACUGGCUAGCCGGGUCGAUGAGGCCUUAGGGUUCAUGACUGCUGCUGGACUUACAAUUGAACACCCCAUCAUGACAACAACUGAUUUCUGGACAUCCCAUGAGUGUUUGCAUCUGCCCUAUGAGCAAUCACUCACAAGGAAGGAUUCUACUUCUGGUUUGUACUAUGAUUGCUCUGCUCACAUGCUUUGGGUUGGGGAGCGUACCAGGCAACUGGAUGGUGCCCAUGUAGAGUUCCUAAGAGGACUUGCCAAUCCCCUUGGCAUCAAGGUGAGCAACAAAAUGGACCCAAAAGAGCUUGUUAACAUCAUCGAAAUCCUGAACCCUAGUAACAAGCCAGGAAGGAUCACAAUCAUUGCAAGAAUGGGUGCUGAGAACAUGAGAGUCAAGCUUCCUCAUUUGAUUAGGGCUGUCCGCCAAGCAGGGCAAAUUGUGACCUGGGUCUGUGAUCCAAUGCACGGAAACACCAUAAAGGCACCUUGUGGACUUAAAACACGUCCAUUUGAUUCAAUUCUGGCUGAGGUGCGAGCAUUCUUUGAUGUGCACGAACAAGAAGGUAGCCAUCCUGGAGGAAUUCAUUUGGAGAUGACUGGCCAGAAUGUGACAGAGUGCAUUGGAGGGUCUCGAACAGUGACUUUCGAUGAUCUGAGCUCACGUUACCACACACACUGCGACCCGAGGCUCAAUGCUUCUCAGGCUCUUGAGCUAUCCUUUAUCAUCGCUGAACGACUUAGGAAGAGAAGGAUUGGAACUCAACGGUCACUCUCUUUAGGCCUCUAA